UAUAGAUGGGGAACACACCAGUGGUUGAGAUUGUUUAGUUGGUGCGUGACAUCAGUCUGCGUGUAUGUGAAACACGGGGCGGUCCGUAGAGGGUGGCUACUUUAGGAGCAGGCCCUUGCCCUGCUGACUGCAGAGAGCUGGACAAACGGCAAGAAGGUCAGCUGCUAGUAAAUGCUGCGGAGGAAAAGAAGAAGUGCCACAAUAGAGAAGUUUCCAGUAAGAAGACAAGAGGUCAAGUACUACUGGAACACAUAAGAUCAUCUCCUCUUCCUGUUCUUCCUGUUUAUAGUGAGAUCACUGCCAAAAAAAGGAAAGGAAAGAUCUUCUCGUUCCAUAUUCUGCCCCUCGACCACUCCGAUCUUCAAAUCUCGGCCUCUUAUGCAUCCCCCGCUCCAACUGCAAAACAAAAGGUCCAGGAGCCACACCUCUUUAAAGACAUCCAACACAUCUGCAUCUUUUCUUCUUUGCUCCUCCUCUCCUCGGGUGUGACACCACCAUGGACCGCUCGGUGAAGGAGCUGUUCCUCAACUUCAUGAUCGUCUUAAUCACCGUGCUGCUGAUGUGGCUGCUGGUGAAAACGUACCAGGCCUGAACCAUGGAGCAACAAGAGAGGAGAUGAACGAGAGGAAACAGGAGGAGAGAUGUGUGUGUGCGGAGGGAAGAAGAAGCCAGCAUGGUUAUCGUAGGACUAUGCUGCUGAUUGAUUCUUGUUCAGACAGUGUUUACAUCUUUUCAUUAUUUGGUCCAGAGCUCUAUAUUACUCAUAUGAGGUCUAACACUAUGUGAUUACGACAAACAGGGCAGAUUGUCUUGGAUCAGUAUUUGAGGUGUUUUUUUGAAUGUGGCUUUGAAUCUCUGGCAAGAGCCAAACGGGAAGUCACAGUAGAGAUGGGAGGAUGAAUAAAAAUAAACAAAGUGAGAGCCAUAAAACACUGUAAUGUCAAUAUAAACUAUAUGCAGUGUGUCAUUCACGUGACCUUUGAUACAGUGAAAUGCUGUUGUGUCUAUUGUUCUGUUUUUACUAAGUGAUGAAUGUGUCAAAUGCAGAUAUUGUAUCUGCUCAAAGAAGAAAACAUCAACACAAAUAAUGAAGCAUAAUAUUUAUGUUCACUUCUUGCCAUUAAACAGUCUUUCAUUCGUUGGAUUAUUUUUCUGUUUCAUAUCACAAACGUAAGUUGUAUUCAUGAUUUACACCAUGACGCCCAUGUUUUUCUCCUCCUGGUUUCUGAAAGUUAUUGUGUUCUUUGAAGUGUUUUCUCUUCUAUAGUUGCACAUUUCAGCGGUUACUGAAUAUUAUCAGGUGGUAUUGAUCACAUGUACAGUUAUAUAUCAUGAGAGGAGAAACAGGGCAUGCAUGAAUACAUGAAACAGAAUAAAGGCAAAUAGUUUAAAAUGAAAAUCCACCUAGAUAAUUUACACAGUUUUGCCAUCACAUUAUUUUAGUUGAGAUUUAAAUAGUGUAGGUCUUCAUCAGCUAGAAGAAAAACAACUGAGAAACAAAAAUCUGGAAUAUAAUAUUUUAUAGUCCUAAUGACAAUAAAAAUAAAGUGUAUUUUCUAAUCUGUACUAUCAAGUAAAGCACAUUUAGUUGAAAGGGACUUAUGGGGUGUUUUGUGAAAUGUUGUCAGAACAAAAUCAUUUGAUCUGUUCAAGAUGCAAAAUCCCCAAAUGCAGGAAAAAGACACUGAAUUCCUCCUGAAGGCUGUAUAAAUGGACCAUCAAUAAAGUCUCAUUUU